AACGCCAACAAAAUGGCCGAUCGAGGUUUUAUUCUGGUCGACCAAAAAUAACAACUUAAACUAAGUGCGGUCGACCAAGUGGUCGUUGAGGUCGACCACAAUGCUUUCUCGUGCUGCCCAAAUUAGUCAAUUCGGUCGACCGCCUUCAGGAAUAGGUCGACCGAAAAGUGCAUGUCAACGUGACAUGCAUGUCAUAGUAGACAUACCCUAUGAUUUUAUAUUGGUUAAUCUGGUUAACCAAUUAACCAAACCGGUUAAGCUUUAGUUUGGUUAAUUUGAUUGUUGUAUUAGUUUAGACGGUCUGAUUAUGAUAUUGUAUUCAUUAUUCAAUGGUUAAUGAAAUUUAAUCUUAUUUAAUUUGGUAAUAACCAUGGUAACUAUUUGAACACCCACCCCUAUUUUCAGUAGCAGAUUCCCCCGCUGCUUUCGAGCCGGAAGUUGUGAGUUCACUGAAGCGUGACAUUCUCCCGCGCGCUCUCUCUUUCUCUCCCUCUCGUUGGCGCGCAUGAUCAGAUUACUUCCGGUUUCAACCCUUUCUAAAUUGCUCAACCAUUGCGACCCUAUCUUCCUCCAUCUCAAAUGGUUCCCUUGGCGAGGGCUGUCCCAAUUCUCCCUCCAACCUUCCCCACCACAGUCUCACGCUUACGCAGCUAUGCUUCAACGUUGCAUCCAGAAUGGCGACCACCUUACCGGCCGAGCUCACCACUGUGCGAUUCUCAAGACGGGUAAUUGCUUAGAUUUGUUUGCUCACAACGUUCUGCUCAACCUCUACGUGAAUGGGAAGUCCUUGACUGAUGCCCGUAAGGUGUUCGACGAGAUGCCUGAGAGAAACACAAUCUCUUUUGUUACCUUGAUCCAGGGCUACGCCCAGUCUUCAGACUUCGUCCAAGCUCUCGACUUGUUCUCGAGGUUGCACAGAGAGGGGCAGGAGCUCAACCCUUUUGUUUUCACUUCGGCCUUGAAGUUGCUCGUGGCCAUGGAGUGGGCCGAGCUGACUCCCAGCAUUCAUUCUUCCAUUUGUAAGCUUGGUCAUGAGUCCAACGCCUUUGUUGGGACUGCUUUGGUUGAUUCGUACUCUGUUUCCGGGUUCGUAGAUUAUGCGAGGAGAGCUUUUGAUGCGAUUCUUUGCAAAGAUAUGGUUUCGUGGACUGGGAUGGUGGCUUGCUAUGCGGAGAAUAGUUGCUUCCUAGAGUCUUUUCAAGUGUUCUCUGACAUGAGAAGAAUAGGAUUCCGCCCUAAUCAUUUUACGCUUGCUGCUGUGCUCAAGGCCUGUGUUGGCCUUGAGGCUUUUGAUUUGGCCAAGGGUCUGCAUGGGUGUGCUUUAAAAACCGGUUAUGAGCCGAAUCUUUUUGUGGGGAUGGGGUUGCUCGAGUUUUAUGUCAAAUCUGGAGAUGCUGGUGAUGCUUCACGGGUUUUUCAGGAGAUGCCAAAAGAUGAUGUGGUUCCUUGGAGUUUCAUGAUUGCUCGGCAUGCUCAGAGCAGCCUGGGCAAAGAGGCCGUGGAGCUGUUUCUCCAGAUGAGGCAGGGAAUGGUUACACCCAAUCAGUAUACAUUUGCCAGCGUCCUGCAAGCUUGUGCAAGUAUGGAGGCUCUAUAUCUAGGGACGCAAGUUCAUUGUCACGUGCUUAAGCUUGGUUUUCUGGAAGAUGUUUUCAUCACAAAUGCUUUAAUGGAUGUUUAUGCUAAAUGCAGUCUGAUUGAAAACUCUCUGACACUAUUUUUAGGCUCAUCAAUCACGAACGACGUCAGUUGGAAUACUAUGAUUGUCGGUUUUGUGCAUGUUGGUGAUUCCGAUUCAGCAUUGAGCUUCUUCAAGGAUAUGCUUGAAUGUCAUAAUGUCCCGCCAACAGAAGUUACAUAUUCCAGCGCUCUUUGUGCUUGUGCUAGUCUAGCAGCUCUGGACCCAGGAACUCAGAUUCAUUGUUUGACAAUGAAAACUACAUAUGACAAGAACACCGUAGUUGGUAAUGCUUUGAUAGACAUGUAUGCAAAGUGUGGCAGCAUUAAAGACGCACGACUGGUAUUUAAUGGUCUAAGCAAAAAUGACGAGGUCUCCUGGAAUACUAUGAUAUCAGGGUACUCUAUGCAUGGUCUCGGUGGGGAAGCUCUGAAGGUUUUUGACAUGAUGCAAGAAACUGAUGUUAGGCCAAAUCAGAUGACCUUUGUUGGGGUGCUAUCUGCAUGUAGUAACGGUGGACUGCUCAGCAAAGGAGAAGCUUAUUUUAAAUCUAUGAUACACGACCAUGGUAUUGAGCCAUGCGUGGAACACUACUCUUGUAUGGUCUGGCUAUUAGGAAGGUUAGGUCAUCUCGAUCGGGCUCUGAAGCUGAUACAAGAAAUGCCAUUUGAGCCCUCUCUUAUGGCAUGGCGUGCUUUACUUGGUGCUUGUGUCAUCCACAAUGACGUUGAGCUAGGGAAAUUCUGUGCAAAGCACAUCCUCGAGAUUGAUCCCCAAGAUGAGUCGACCCAUGUGUUGUUAUCCAACAUGUAUGCCAGAACCAGGAGGUGGGCAAAUGUUGCUACUGUUAGGAGAAGCAUGAAAACAAAAGGACUCAACAAAGAACCAGGUCUUAGCUGGAUUGAGAACCAGGGCACUGUUCACUAUUUCGCUGUGGAUGACGCUUCACAUCCUGACAAGAAAAUGAUCUAUGGAAUGCUGGAGUGGCUGAACAUGAAAACCAGGCAAGAAAGCUACAGUCCUGACCACAACGCCGUGUUGCGGGACAUUGAAGAUGAUCAAAAAGAGCGCCACUUGUGGGUGCAUAGUGAAAGACUAGCUUUAGCUUUUGGUCUGAUCAGAACGCCAUCGGGCAGCAGCCCUGUCCGGAUCAUAAAAAACCUUCGCAUCUGUGCAGACUGUCAUGCUGUCAUGAAACUGAUAUCGAAGAUUGUGAAACGAGAUAUCAUCGUGAGGGAUAUGAAUCGGUUCCACCACUUUGAGAAUGGAAUUUGCUCUUGUGGCGACUACUGGUGAUUACGAUCUUAGCCCCUGGAAGAGGGAAGGUCUCUGCUUCUUUAAUCAAGUGUUUCCAUAUCCAUUUGUUGGUCUUUUCUGAAUCAGUUGCUAGGCAUCCAGCAGUUAGGACUAUAGCUUGUUUAAGAGUUCUCCAUCAUAGGCGAACAGAUUUUAGAUUAUGAGUAUAUGCCAAACAAAAGCUUGGACUUCAUUGUUUUCAGUCUUUGACCUUUAUUAUCUGAUGCAUUCAGAGCAUUUUGCCAUGGCAAAUGAUACAGAAUGUUUGGGUCCAAGUUACACCCAGUCAAGUCUUCAAAAUGCUGCAGAAUCUCAGCUUCCUCUUAGCAAAGUUACGGGUGAACGGGGGGUUACGUGCUGAUUGGGUUCAUUCCGAAUGAAAAGAUCGGUCUGAUUGCGGCUGACAGGUUGGGUAAUUAGUUGCGCAACAUUGAGGUUUUUGUUAACUCGGAGUCGCUAGUUUACCUGUUCCAUUGUAUUGGAAACCUCAACAGUCUUCACCUUCUCACUCCUCUUAUCCUUCUUUUCUUCGUCCAGGUUCAGGAACAGUUGUUACUUGCAGCGGGGUCCUCCAGACAAUUCAACCAAUCAGCAGACAGCUUAGCUUACACACGACUGCAUAAAUAAAUAACAGUUGCUGGUUGUUAACUGUCUACUAUUUCAGGGAAGGCUGGUAACUGGGCGAGAAGUCGCAGUAAAACGACUAUCAAGAAGUUCAGGGCAAGGGGUUGUGGAGUUCAGAAAUGAAGCCUGUCUCAUUGCUAAACAUCUAGUGAGGCUAUUAGGAUUCUGCACGCUGAGAGACGAGAAGAAUCUAGUCUGAGUAUAUGCCAAACGGAAGCUUGGUCCUCUUUUGUCUCUACAGAACAAUCUGUUUAUAUUGUUGUCAGCCUCUUCCUGAACAUUUUUGCCAGAGGCCGAGAGAAAGAGAGUGUUGGACUGGAAGAGACGGUUUGACAUCAUCGAAGAAAUUGCACAAGGACUUCUUUAACUCCACAAAUAUUCCAGAUUGAGAGUAGUCAACCAUGACGUGAAGACAAGCAAUGUCUUGCUUGAUGAUGACAUGAACCCAAAGAUAUAAGAUUUCGGGAUGGCUACGAUCCUAGGUCUCAGAGAAUUAGAAGCAAAAACAGGGUGUAUUGUUGGAACAUAGUCUGUAAUCUUAAAAAAUCUUAAAGCAGUUUUAGAAUCCCACCCCCUCCACGUAAUCCUCCUUGAAACGACAAGGAUCCACGUCAGACAUUUAAAAGGCCUCUCUUCCGCCGAAUAAACAUGCCUCUCCUCCUCCCCUUUCCCCUUCGACAAUUUUAUAACGGUGUCUCUCUCUCUUACCCCCCUUAAGUUACUCGCCGUAUUUCCACUCUUCUUCCCCAAACGCCAUGAACCCAGUUUCCAUUCCGUAGGCCCUAGGACGAUGCCAAAGAUUCUUCCCUUUUCCUCCGUCAAUUGGUAUAUGUCAGUGCCGCCAGAUUCCAUUUUCCGCCAUGGAUCCAGUUUGUCCUUCUUCAUUCCUCCGCGCCCACCGUUUGAAAGAGCCCAGAUUCCUCCGCAGGCGGCCGUCUUCCGAACACCGCCAUCGUUAAUUCAAUCGGUCCCCUGUGAACUUCUUUGUAUUCCCGCAGGUAAUUUCAUCUUGGUUAUAUAGUAUCAUUUUCUGAAACCUCUUUCAUUUUUAUCUCUCGGGCCUCAAAUCCUCAUGUACGUGUUGUGUACUACCUUUCUAAUCAAUACCCACGUACGUACCAACGAUCUUCCUUUCUUCUGCGGUUGAUCGGGAAGGGAAGGGAACAACUGAUCGAGGCGGUCUUCCUCUAUUCUUUCGUUGCUCGGGAAAGGAAAUGAUGCGGCCUAACUGUCGGCGAUAGCGUCCUGAUCGAGAAGUCAAUAGACUCCUCGGUAAGCCCUCAACAUCUUCAUAAUGAUUCUUGAAUCCCUAUUCUUACGAGUUUGCUCAACCUUUGUCCUGCAAAAAUUGCUUUAUGAUUGACAUUCGUUGGUUCAUUCUCUACUUCCUCUCUUUUGACACAGAAAAAUUGUCGUCGAUUGAACGACGACGGAUUGACAAGCCUAGAGUCUCUUGGGUAAGGCCUCAACAUCGUCAUAUAUAUAUAGUGAUUCUUGAAGUCCCAUGCAUUCUUACGAGUUUGUUCAGUGUCGUAUGUCCUGCAAAUUUCCUUCCUAAUUGACAUUCUUUGGAUCAUUCUCUGCUUCCAUUGUGAACAAGUUGCAUACUUUGUUAUUAAACACAGUUAGAUGAUUCUCAACCUGGCCUUUUGUUUGAAAUGGGUUGAUUAGAAAUUAAGGCCUCUGUUUGAAUUGAAUUGUUGUUUCUUUGUUUGCCUCUUCAUCGACAUUAUUUUUCCUUCUCUUUUCUUGCCCGCAUACUAACAUGGGAUCAAGUAUGGUUCUUUGAUUAAAUCGAUUCACCAUAUAUAUGGUGUAAUUCCCCAAUUCUCGCUUCACUGUUUUGUAGUUCCUGAUGUAGUUGUAGCAUCUGAUCUUAGUUUACCAAUUAACCGUGUCGCAAUGAAGAGUUAUGUCUCAAAACAUAACUAAUGUAGUGAUAAAAAGAAAAAAAACUAUAAUCAAACCAAAUUGAACCCACACUUGCAUAACAUUAACGACUAUUAUACCUGCUAAGGAAGGUCCCAAUAACCUUAUGCCCAGUACUGUACGUAGCUAUUUCUGCAUCGACAUCCCUUAUUGUUGGUAAUCAAGAUUUAGUCCCUCGAUCCAGCGUCAUUUUAGUUUUGGUUCUUUUUAAUUUGAUAGAUUGUAUUGCUUUAGCAACUCUGCCUUAGUAAUAUCUAUCACUGUAACCAUGCUCACCUUUGCCUGGACUGUAAUUCAUUUGCAGUUGGUGUACUAUUUUCCAGGUUUUGUAUUUUGAACAAGUCUUGGCCAUUACCCUACCAGAGCCAGCAAACCCCAAUAGAACUUCCUCGAUCUCCUAUAUAAUAUUUCAGAGCAACUGGAAGUAACAAAAACAGAUCAUGAAAACCAAUUACAUGACACACACUGCGCGCUGCAAUCAAACUCAUUUGCAUAAGCUCCAGUUCCAAAAUUAGUUACGUACCUGUUGCUUUGACUGCAGGGAGAAAACUAUCAAGUCAUGACCACAAAGGUUGGAGGUGUGAGGGAAGUUUGGUGUUACUUAAGCUGCACUAAUUGGCGCAAGAAAAUACCGCCUGGAGAAUUGAAGUUUUGAUGCUCGAAAUGCAUCCUCAACACACUCAGUGUCAGUGGUAUUCCAAGGAAACUUCACCAACUCACAGAAAUAAUUAUGAAACCCUUUUGCAACAAUAAAUAACAAUUACAAUAGCUAUAACCAAGAAACAAAACUGCAGGUACAGAGUCCCUCUAUUCAUGUAGGACAAUAUAGGUACAACCUAUGGCCGGGUGUUAAGAAUUAAGAUAUUGCUAAUAAAAUAAUUUUGCAGGAGGAUGAAGAACAAAGAAACGGCACCAACAAGGUAAUUCCUCAGCAUCAAUCUGGACAAAGCAAUCCAUCCGCCAAUCCACCCAUUGUUUUCACUUUUCAUAGGCCGGGCACCAAAAAAAUUCUAAAGUGAAUUUAUUAGGAAUCUUUUUGUCAUUUGUGGCGCCCAAACUAAAGUUCGGCCUUGGUUAACGGUCUUUAGAUGAAAAUUUUAACAAAAGGGCAUGUUUGGUCAUUUUUACAAAGUACAGGGACAUAUUUGAUGUAAAAAAUAGUAGAGGCAUGUUUGACACAACAUCAUAAUAAAUGAGAAUAUUAUACCUAUAACCCCUUUUUAACAAUGUUUAAGAAAUUCUAGAAUGUCGGUUGGAUCGAAAAUACUGUAUAUUGGAUCCAAAUUGGUAGGUAAUUUUAAUGGUAGGAAACGGUUGAGCUAUAACUCAACGCGAUUUCAAUACAAAAUACUUUACCCCAAACUUUUUCAAUAUAACCUUUCAUGCAUUCCAUUUUACUCUAAAUAAAAGCUCUUUAUUAUCAUUUUGAAAGCUAUGCCGACUAUCUUAAUGUGAGAAAAUAUGUAUAUAGUGAUAUGACUAUGCAAAAUAUUGUAAUAUAAUCUUCCAAAUACAACAUAUAUCCAAUAGACUUGAAAUUUUAAAAAUUGGGAUUAUUUUGAUGUCCACUCAUAAAACGAUUAGAUUAUAAGCACAAGCUAAACUUAUAAAUUUUACGAAUGUUGGAAAACACUAAUACCUUUACAAAAUUUUGAAUACUGAAAUUACAAAAAUUAUAGAAUGACACAUUAAAAUAUUCAAAAUACUGAAAUAAAAUUGAUUAAUGUUGAUAAAAAGAUGGAACUCGCCCGCACAACGUGCGGGUUCAAUGCUAGUGUAAUAUAUGCAUACCGUAAAAUUAAAUUCAUUGUUUUCUUUCUUGGUUUCUCUUGACAGUGGCUACAUGUCUCCGGAGUAUGCACUGCAACGGUGUUGUCUCUACUAAAAUCGAUGUGUUCAGCUUUGGCAUUUUGCUUCUGGAAAUUGUGAGUGGCAGGAAACACAAUGGUUUCUAUGAUCCAGACGAAAAACCAUCCACCCUCGCUGGACAUGUGAGUCCCUAAAGAAAAAGGAGACACACCUCAUUUGACUAGUAUCGAAUGAAACUGAACAUACAUAUACCAACCAAUAAUGUGAUUUGUGUGAAUCAGACAUGGUAGCUGUGGAAGGAAGGCCAGGGACUACAACAGUUGGACCGACACUGGCAGAUUGAAGCAUAGUUAUUGCUGCAGGUCGAUUGAACAUGUUUGGCAAUAGUGUUUACGGUAUUGUCAAAUGUCAUGCUGUAGGAUUUUGAAGUUGUCUAAAGAUAGGUGCAAGUGAAGGGAAAAGCUGCUGGAAAGCUUCUAAUGCUGAACUCAUGACUUUAUCAUUCCAAGCAACAUGCUAGUGCUACGACAUUUACUAAAAAAGUUUACAUCUUGUUAGAGGUUCUACUUUCUAGCAGUAGAGUAGUAAUUUCACAAAAGAAAAAUCACUUUGCUGGCAAGGGUUAUGAAGAACAAAAUUAUCCUGGAGGCUUCAGGACUACUCUGCCACGUGUGUUUAUCUAUCCAUCAACCUAUAUUGCCUCCAUUAUAGAGGUGGUCACAUUGUUUAUGGAGCAGUUAUGGUUGUUGAUUUCUACACUUUCAACCUUAACCACGAAGCUCGUGAAAAUGAAGGCUGUUUUGGGUUAGAAAGCUCCAAUGUGUGGUUGGACAGUAUGGUCGCAACUUCAGACACGGUUGGUCUAUUCGUGGCAUGAUCUUUCAUCCAGAAAAAAAUAUGUGGCAUGAUCUCGAACACAGAAGCCAAUACAAAUGCAUCUCAGUACAUUUUGAGUGCUGAGAUCUCCCAGUGUCUGGUUCAGAAGUUGUAGUCACUGGUCUUCCCGCUCGCCAUUUCCAAAAGCAAGGCGCCAACGAGUUUAGUUGACACAACACCGUGACUGAAAUACUCUGACAAACGCGUUGACAGUCCAGCGAGCACUGCACUACAUUCUUACAACCCCUACUUCUCCCAAAUGAUCUUCCCUCUGGGUUCUGGCAUUCCAUGCCUAAAGUAAAUGAACCAACAGCAGUUGAAAGUUUGCUUCCGAGUGAAGUAGGGGCCAACUUAGGCCAGUUCUUUGUUAGAUCCCGAUUUUCAUUGUAAGGAUGAGUGUGACUGUUUGGUAAUCGAAGCUCUGCCACAGUACCUGUAUCCUUUUCUCGUAAGGAUGAUUCUCGUACAGUAAUAGAUUCCCUGAAUCUUCCAGUGUUACACUAGUAGUAUGAUUACACUUUGUUGCUUAAUAUUCAUAUAUGAUGAUGAGUUCACCACCUGUAGGCUGCAGAAUCUUCAAGCUGCAAUUUUUGUCAAUUGUACUACAGAAUCGAGCUGAAGCGGAGAGUUUCGGUUGGCAAUCGAAACCGGUAAUCCGCCCUCGUAACUGUACCAUAUUCCCAGGUAGGAUUUGGUGUCGGAUAUUUGUUGGUUCAAAUCAUUGAACUGAAGCCUGAACAUCCAAUUUUCUGAUGGCAUAGUGGUACUUGUCUAUCUCUCCAACCAGUAUGUUCACCCAGAAACAUGGUGGAUUUCUGGUGACAACUUCAAAUAGAAUUAAGUGGGAAUGAAUUG